UAUAUCUCUCUGUGGGUGGGUGGGUGUAUGAGGUAGUUUUGCAUUGCCAGGCCGUGAUGACCACCUGCAUGGCCAUGUUGGUACUGAUCAUCACAACUCUCUUGGCCAUAUUCCUGUCUUUGUUCAUUAAAAUUGCUCAUGACACUCUCUCAUGCUACUUUCUAAACCCACGACGCAUCAAGAAAAUCAUGGAGAGGCAAGGAGUGCGUGGCCCCAAACCCCGGCUUCUCAAAGGCAACAUCUUGGAUAUGGCCUCCCUUGUUGCCAAAACUACCUCCCAAGACAUGAACUCCAUCAACCAUGAUAUCGUUGGCCGUCUUCUCCCGCAUUACGUCGCCUGGUCCAAACAAUACGGAAAGAGAUUUAUAUUUUGGAAUGGGGUGGAGCCCCGGAUGUGCUUGACGGAGACUGAAAUGAUAAAAGAGUUUUUAUCUAAGUACAGCACGACGUCCGGCCGAUCAUGGCAACAACAGCAAGGUUCCAAACAUUUCAUCGGGAGAGGUUUGCUAAUGGCAAACGGCAAGGAUUGGUACCAUCAGCGUCACAUCAUAGCUCCGACCUUUGUGGGAGACAAACUCAAGAGUUGUGCGGGUUACAUGGUGGAAUGCACUAAGGAGAUACUCCAAUCACUGCAAAAUGCUAUAGAAUCAGGCCAAACCGAGUUCGAAAUUGGUGAAUAUAUGACUAAGCUCACUGCAGACGUCAUUUCUAGAACUGAGUUCGAUACCACCUACGAGAAGGGAAAGCAAAUAUUCCAUCUCCUAACUGUUUUACAACAUCUUUGUGCCCAAGCAUCCCGAAGGUUGUACCUUCCCGGAAGCCGGUUUUUUCCCAAUAAAUAUAACAGACAAAUAAAAGUGAAGAAGAUGGAAGUGGAGAGGUUAUUAAUGGAGAUAAUUCAAAGCCGAAAUGACCGUGUAGAGAUUGGCCGGAACAGUUCAUAUGGAACUGAUUUGCUGGGUCUGCUGCUCAGUGAGAUGCAAAAGAAGAGAUCAUCAGAGGGUGGAUUUAGCUUAAAUUUACAACUGAUCAUGGAUGAAUGCAAAACAUUCUUCUUUGCUGGACAUGAAACCACUGCCCUCUUACUCACAUGGACCAUCAUGUUACUAGCAAGCAACACCUCUUGGCAAGAAAAGGUUCGGGCUGAGGUGAAGCAGGUCUGCAAUGGUACUGAGACUCCCUCUGUUGAUCAUCUCUCCAACCUCUCCUUGUUAAAUAUGGUAAUAAAUGAAACUCUUAGACUCUAUCCGCCGGCAACUGUUCUUCCUCGAAUGGCCUUAGAAGAUAUUAAACUCAGUGAUCUGCAUAUUCCAAAGGGUCUAUCAAUAUGGAUUCCAGUACUUGCAAUUCAUCAUAGCAAGGAAUUAUGGGGCGAAGAUGCAAACGAGUUCAACCCGGAAAGAUUUGCUUCGAAAUCAUUCACACGGCCUGGCCGGUUCAUCCCUUUUGCUGCCGGCCCCAGAAACUGUGUUGGCCAAGCUUUUGCCAUGAUGGAAGCUAAGAUCAUAUUAUCCAUGUUAAUCUCGAGGUUGAGCUUCACCAUUUCAGAGAAUUAUCGUCAUGCUCCCGUCACUAUUCUCACAAUAAAGCCUAAGUACGGGGUUCAAGUAUGCUUGAAGCCCUUAAACCUUUGA